UUUGUGCUGUAUUAAUUAAUACCAUGAUGUAGGUAUGUAUGUAUGUAUGUAUGUAUACAUAGGUUUGACCAAAUGCUGAAAUUAAGGUCAUACACUUUUAACAAUAUCAUGUAUAUAGGGAAGCUGAAAAUCUGCCACGUCAACCACCCCACAGCCACUGAAAAUUCUGAGCACCAAAUCCCCAGAAAAACACUUCAACUACCAACUGUUCAUCUCAAACGGAUAAACCAUGGCCAUGGCCACCACCACCACCUCCGCCACCUGCACACCCUUCUCCACCGCCGCGACCCACCACCAGUCCUCCUCCUACACAAUUAGCAAACUACCCUUCACAAGAGCCCCCUCCAACUCCCCCCGCCCACUCACCAAACUCAACGUGUCAUCAUCCUCCAAGCCCGUCGCCGCCGCCGCCACCACCACCACCAAGAAAAAGGAAGAAACCAUCUAUUUCGACGGCGGAGCUCACUACGGAGACCUCUUGGCGAACCUGCUCCUGGGCUUCACACUUCUCUGGCUGCCGUUAACUCUGGCGGCCGUUUUCCGGGCAUUCUACCUGAGGUACAGAUUCACAAAUCUGAGGGUGACAGUCAUAUCCGGGCUGACGGGUCAGGACAGAAGCGACUUCUCGUAUGACGUGAUCAAGGACGUGCAGGUGGUGCCCAGAUUUAUUGGUGAGUGGGGUGAUGUUAUCAUAACCCUGAGAGAUGGAACAAAGGUGGAUCUGAGGAGUGUUCCUAAGUUCAGGGAGAUUGCAAAGUACUGUUUGGCUAUGGCUGAUAAGCCUGCUGUUUUGAAGGAGACUGGCCCUAAAGGCUUCUGAUCAGCUAUUCAUUUACUCAUAGUUUUUGCACUCAACAAGGUAUGUAAAAAUAGUGAAAUUAACAUGAUUUUGUUCACAUAAUUUAGUGUUUUAUCCGUGAAAUUGGAAUUUUGUUUUUGUUUUCUUUGUGUAAUUGGAGGUGUUUAUUAGACUUUUAUGUUGUAUACUCUUGAUUAAAUAUUGCUUA